AUGGACCGCCUACGAGCGGCAGGCAGAUCAUGUCGGACUUGGUGGCGAGACACGACCGACCCAAUGCUGCUCACGAGCCCCUUCUUGGAACGGCAAUCUCUCCCCAAGGUCCUGAAUUUCUACAACAUUUGGUGGGCGGUGGACCACUGGAUCUACACCCACUGGGAUGACAGAAACAAGGAUCGAGACAGAAUGGUGGCCAACGUUCGACUAGGUCUGGCUCUCUUGAUUCUGGCGUUUUUCCUGUCUUUGCCAGUCCUGUACCGUGCGCACGCAUUGAAAGUGGAAGCCGCCAGUGCAUUGCUGAUGUCUGCAGCGAUGGAUCAACUAUGUCGACAUGGGAUCCCUGAGUGUGUCGCAACGUGGCGGCUAUAUUGGCGGGUCCAGCUUAUGCUGCUUAUGACUCUCAAGCUGCAUCCGCUGAGUCUUUCUGCUGCUGUGGCCUUCCUGAUUUGGAGAUCUUUCACGACGAUUUUCCCGGAGGACUUCCUCAUGAAUCAGUCGUGGCGCGAACCUGGCCUUGUCGCCAACGAAUCAUGGCAGAGGAUAUUAAGCUUGUGCGCCUUUCCGGCAGCCGUUUGGUGCUGGUACCUGUUCAGCUUCACGUCCAAAAUCUACGCCAUCAAAACUGGUCAAGUGGUCUCUGAGAAUGGGCGCACCAGCUUCAGAGAAAGACCAGAACAACUCCAUUUCCACCAAGGGCAAUCAAGCUUCUGGCGGUGGUGGGCGAGGUCCACACAUGAGUCUGUGACGGAUUCGCCUCUGUCUUCCAGGAACGUCCCGGCGGCGAUCAUUUGCUGUAUAAUUCUUUGGGGCAGCCAUAUGGUCUAUGUGGACGCAGCCUUGAGGUUCGUGCAGACGCCAACCACCCGGACUUGCCAUGUUGUUCCGGCCAUGCUACAGCAAGACUUGAGUCAUGGUGCUGUCAGCCUGCUGGUGAUUGUCAUGACAAGUUUCAUCACCUCUUUUUUGCGAUGGGUUGGCUUUUUGAGCUAUGCCCUGACGCAGGAUCUUCCUCUUCUGGCAUGUGCACUUGCCCCUUCGGCGAUGAGUUUUGCGCUCCACCUGUGGAUGCUGGACAGUACGUGCCUGCGCAGUCUUCCGGCGUUUGCCAUUUUCUCUGCGCCGAUCGUGGGGGUGGGAAUGGCCGAAGCCCUUUUCGUGCUCUCCCUUUCCCAUGUGCACCCCAUCGUCAUGUUCGUGGCCGUAGUCCUGUGUUGCACAUACCUCUCAUGGUUGGAAGGCAUGGUCCCGAGCUGGAGGCAGCACCCCGUGUCGCUAUGCCAGUUCAUGAUUGGCACCGUGGUGCUGCUGAUCUUGCACUCCUGGCAUCAUGCUUCCGUGGUUCACACAGUCUGGGCUGCGGCAGAAAGGAGCCAGGCCAACGCACACAGCAUGGAGCAACUUCGGUCCUUCAAUGACACCUCAAGUCGCGACGAGGACCGUGAACGAAGAUCUUGGAUGCAGCUCGUGCAGCUUCCAUCCUCCGAGGGGGCGGCCGCGGCCAAGCCCAUGCCGGCAAGAAGUUUGGCUUCCAUCGCCGCUAUCUUUGGCAAGCUAGCGGACUCG